AUGGAGCGGUACGCAGGUCGCGUCGCCCUGGCGACGGGCGCCAACUCCGGCAUCGGCGCCGCCACCGCACGGGCGCUGCUCAGGAGGGGGCUCGAGGUCGUCGGCCUCGACAAGAGGAUCGACAGGGUCCAGCUAGCUCGAGAACUGAAGGACGCUCCGGGUAGGCUCUAUCCAUUGCAAUGUGACGUCAGCUGCGAGGAGAAUGUUCUACGGGCCUUCAAAUGGAUCAAAGAGAAUUUAGGAGGGGUCGAUGUUCUUAUCAACAGCGCCGGCAUUUGCAGAGAAAACCUUCCAACAACUGGUCAGACAGCCGAGUGGCGGCACACACUGGACGUCAACGUCCUGGGGCUGUCCGUCUGCACGAGGGAGGCCGUCCAGAGCAUGCUGGACAGGGGGGUCGACGACGGCUUCGUCAUCCACAUAUGCAGUAUAGCUGGCCACAUCAUGCCAUUCGAUCCAUUGUGCUCGAUGUACCACGCCAGCAAACAUGCUGUCAGGGCUCUGCUUGAAGGACUGAGGAAGGACCUGGUUGCCAGGAACAGCAAGAUACGGUGUGGGGAAAUAUCGCCAGGAAUUGUGAAAACAGAUAUAUACAAUAACUUAAAAAAGUAUUCGCUUGAAGCACUGGAAAAUAUGCAUACGCCUAUGAUGGAACCUGAAGACAUAGCGGAUGCAGUUAUCUAUAUGUUGUCGCAACCUCCACGUGUUCAAGUGCUUUACAGCAUUUUGUGCUGUCUGUGUCUUCCCUGCAGGAAGAAGACACGUGAUUUGGGGCAGAAAUCAAAGAAAGCACGUUCGACGGAAGUCUAUGAUUACAGAAAUGUGGACAUGGAGAAGGUUUAUGGCCGCUUGAAAAAGAGGAGGGUGUCAGAAGUGCCUUCUGUGUUUGAGAUAUUUCCCUGCCAAUGGACCCCAGAAUCAGCCAGUCACAUCAGGAAUGGAGAUAAUAGUGUGGACUGUACGCUGAAGGGCGGCUAUGCAGAGAGUGAUAAUUCACUGAAUGUUACACCAAAGAAUGAGGAUAACCUAACACACAAAAUAACGGUGAACGUUUCAUCAUGUGAUAUGACAAUAAUAAUGAACAACGACGAGUUUAAAGGAGAACGGUAUGAUGAAGUGUGUUGA